AAAUUAUUUAAAAAAAAUGACAAAACUUAUAAAUAUAUUAUUGCAACGUAACGAUUGUAAUAUUCCCUGGGGAUUUGAAAUUCAAGAACGAAAAAAUGCUCAACAAUCAAUAGUGAUUACUCGUGUUUUACCCAAUGCUGUAUCAGCCUAUAACAUCCAUCGAGGUGAUUUUAUUCUUCAAAUACAAGAUCAAAGUGUUACCAAAUUAAGUGAUAAUGAAAUAAAUAAUUUAAUAAAUAAACCCGCAAAAGAAUUACGUUUAAUUAUUUUACAAAAUACAAAAUCAACAAUAAUGCCUUCAAAAAAUGACUUGUCGACACCUACAGCUUCAAUUCCAAUAGCUACAUGCCAGCAUUCCGAAAUUAUUCUAUCAAAAUCUUUAGGGAAUCCUCCAACCAAACCACCUGUAGUACGUUUUCCACGACAAUCAGUUGAAAAUUGUGCUCCGUCUAAGAAGUUAACACAAGAGCCAAAUUUUAAUACACCAUUUUAUAAACCACAAAUGCCAACUUAUAAAAAAUCAAACCAGACAGACGGUAAUUCAAAUGAAAAUAAGGUCCAUGAUAAAAAACUACAACCGAAGAAGAUUCUUCGCGAGUUUAUUCAAAAUAAAGAUGGUACAUUGAAUUUAACGGAACGUGUUCCAAUAUCACAUAAUACAAAUGUACGAGAAUUAGAAAGAAGAAAAUCGUUUUUUGAAAGUUUUAACAAUGAAAAUGUUCCAAAUUUGUUAUCUAGGAAAAAUAGCAUCAAAGCAAAUACAACGACUCAAACAGCAAAUAUUUCAAACUCUGAUUCCAGAGUAAGUAAACCAAAACCAGAAUCGAUGCAUAAAAUACCCGAUAAUGUACCAAGUGCAAAUGAUUCAAAUUUUGAUUCCCGAAAAAAUAACUCGAUUACCAAUCUUCUGAAAUCGAAUGCAGAAAUGAGAAAUGACAUGUGUAAUGAUUCGUCAGUUGUUAAUUACUCAAAUUUGGAAGAAAACUGUGCAUCAAAAACGGAAUCAUUGUACAAAACCCCACAAAAUGUAUCAAAAAGUAUGUCAAAUUUAGAUUCUAGAAAAACCAAUUCAGUAGCAAAUCUAUAUUCAAACACAGAAUCAAAACAUGAUGUGUUGGACGAAAAUUACUUAAAAUUGGAUUUCAAAGAAGAUAAUAAAGAAACAACAUAUAAAAUACCAGAAAUUCUAUCACAAAGUGUUCCAAAUUUUGAUUCUAGAAUAAAUUCUUCAGUUUCAAAUCAUAAUUCAAAUACUAAUUCGAGACAAAAAAUGUUUGAAAGUUUAUCGAAUAAGAAUAUUCCAGAUUUGGAUUCUAGCCAAAAUAAUUCAAUUGCCGUUUUUAAACCGAAUGCGAAAUCGAAAAGUAAGUGUGAUGUAAUUAUGACCGAAUGUUUAUCCGACGAUGAGACGAAUAGUGUAACGGCUGAAAUGAUCACAAAUUUAACGUCCGAAGAAGAUGUUUCAAAUGACGAUGACAAUGAUGAACGUAAAAAUGUACAAAACUUACCCAAGGAAAACUAUCCAAUGCCCAAAAAUGAAAACAGAGGAACUUCAUCUUAUAUAAACAAUUCAUCAAAUAAUGAAGAGAAAAAUUAUAAUUUGCAAAAUAAUCAAAUGGCUUCGAAUCAAGAUGAAUCUAAUCAUGAAUCUAAAAAUAUGCAAAGUUGGGAAAAUUAUACAAUGCUUAAAAACGAAGUGAGAAGAACUUCAACUCUAGACGAUUUGCAAUAUUUUGAUGCAUACAAUGAUGUCAGAAGAGUUUCAAAUCAAGAUGACUCUCAAUAUUUUGAUGCCGAGAAUAAUGAAAAUACAAUAACUGUGAAUCAAAAUAGUUCCCAACAAUUUGAUGAGGAAGUCUAUGAUGGCAAAAAUAAUACUCCAAACUAUGGAAAGACAAAUGCUAAUACACAAACAAUUUUGUAUGAAAAUAAUUCCCAACAGUCUAGUAAGGUAAAUUACGAUGAACGCAACAGUGAAAUUAGAACACUAAAUCCAAAUAAUUUGCAUCAUUCGAAUAGCCAAAAUUAUGGCAAGCCAAAUAAUGAAAUACGAAGAAGUUCUUUUGAAAAUAGUUCACAACAUAUCCCAAAUAACCCGCAGAAUUUUGGUACCCAAAAUUCUAAUUUGCAUCAUUCAAAUAGCCAAAAUUAUGGCAAGCCAAAUAAUGAAAUACGAAGAAGUUCUUUUGAAAAUAGUUCACAACAUAUUCCAAAUAACCUGCAGAAUUUUGGUACCCAAAAUUCUAAUUUGCAUCAUUCGAAUAGCCAAAAUUAUGGCAAGCCAAAUAAUGAAAUCCAAAGAAAUUCUUUUGAAAAUAGUUCACAACAUAUUCCAAAUAACCCGCAGAAUUUUGGUACCCAAAAUUCUAAUUUGCAUCAUUCGAAUAGCCAAAAUUAUGGCAAGCCAAAUAAUGAAAUCCAAAGAAGUUCUUUUGAAAAUAGUUCACAACAUAUUCCAAAUAACUCGCAGAAUUUUGGUACCCAAAAUUAUGACAUGCCCAAAAGUGAAAAAGAACCAUAUUUGACCCAAAAUGAUAUGCGACAAUUAGAUAGGGAAAGCUAUGAGAAAAGAACAGUGGAUUAUGUUGAUAAUCAAAAUGAUGAGAUGAAAAAUUUUGCAAAACAAGAAACUUCGAUUCAAAAUAACAUUCAACAAUGUGACAGAGGAAAUAAUCAAAUAAUGACUUCGAUGUAUGGUAGUGAAUUUUCAAAUAAUUUUCUAAGGACUGGAUUGAAUGCACCGAAAUUACCAAGUAUUCAAGAAAAUCAAUGCGGAAAUUCUUACUUAUAUAAUGUUCAACAACAGAAUUCAUUCAGCUGUGGCUGUGGGCGUAUUGGUUUUUUAAAUUUAUACGAAAGUUAA